UUUUUGUAAGAUAAAUAUGAUUAAAAAUCGAUAUUUUUGUGCUAAAAAGUCGCAGAAAGCAGCCAUUCCAUGGCAGAUUUAAACGAUGCAUUAUGCUCCGUACAAAAACAGUAUUUUCAAGUGGUAGGAAUGAAAUUUUUUGACUGGGAAAAAUUGAAAAAUUUGACCAUUGAAGAGACCAGCUCUCAACAAAUAGCUGUCUUAAAUGCAACAGUAUUCCAUCCUCUGAGCCAGAAAUACCCGCCAUCAGACAGCUAUAAGUUAUCAUUUUUGAAGUCAUUACUGGCCAUGUAUGAGAACCAGGGCAGGGAGGCAUGUGAUGACCUGUACAGCCUUAUAGGCAAGCUUAUGGCUGAGAAACAUUCUCCAGGAAAUGACUUUAUUUACAAGUCAUAUAUUAUGGUAAGAAAUGCUGUUGCACAUUCCUGCAUCUUGCUUUAUCAGCCAUGCGGUCAAGUUGUGACGCUCUGUGAGUCGAAGCAGGUUGUUUCACAAGGUACAACUGGACUCAACACUUGGCAAGCAGGGAUGUACCUCAGUAAUUGGGUUGUACAGAACAAAAACAUAUUGGAAGGAAAGAAUAUCCUGGAAUUGGGCUGUGGUGUCGGUCUUCUCGGGCUGGUAUCUCUGCAUUCCUGCAACCCACAAACGUACACCUUCACCGAUCGCCAUGAACAAGUGUUAAACAAAGUCAUAGAAAAUCUGAAGACUAAUGGCUUCAGUUCGGCGAAAACUAAACGAACAUUUCAGCGAUGUCAAAAUGAAGGCGGAACUAGCGGUGAAGAAAAGACGAACAUUUCAGACGAAUUGAGAGGCCUGUUCAGUUCAUUCAAUGGUCGGGCGUGCAGAGCUUGCAAUUUACAAAGAGAUAAGAGUGUUUUUAACGAUGACUGUUGCGCUGUAGUUGAUCAAAUUGAUUGGGAAAGAUGUUCUGUGGAGGAGAUAAGAAAAUAUCGCCCUGAUGUCAUUCUUGCCUCAGAUGUCAUUUUCGAUCCGAGCAGUUUCGAGACGUUAGUUAAGUUAAUCAAGGUUCUUUUGAGCGAAAGAGUUCAAAAUCACCAGCCUGUAGCUUACAUCGCUUCAACGAUCAGAAAUAAGGAAACCUUCGAAAAAUUCCUCUUAAUUUUAGUAACCUAUGCUUUGUACAACCACUGA